CCGCAAUGUUCUUUCCAAGUCACAUGAUAUAUUCAGAGUUGUCCGUCUAGUUUAAAAAAAAGCCUGAGUCCUGCGCAUGCUAGUGACGUAACUAGGUGCCUACAAGUUUCCGCACUGUGCACGAAUUCUGGAAGAGAAAAAGGAAUCCCGUAGCCCAGGGCCGAGCGACACGAUGGCAGAUUCCGAGGUGGAGAGCCAGUCCCCCGAACCCGGGGCCGCCGAAGAGGCCCUCUUCACCCCGCUGGACAUCGUCCUCUUCACCUUCAUCGUCGGCCUGCUCGUCUACUGGUUCCUGUCCCGCCAGAAGAAGGAGGAGAUCCCGGAGUUCAAGAAGCUGGCCAGCGUAGCUCCCACCGUUCGAGAAACAAGUUUCAUCGAAAAAAUGAAGAAAACGAACAGAAACAUUGUGGUGUUCUACGGCUCCCAAACGGGAACGGCGGAGGAGUUCUCCAACCGGCUGGCCAAAGACGCCCAGCGCUACGGCAUGAGGGGCAUGUCGGCGGACCCCGAGGAGUACGACAUGUCUGAACUCUCGCGCCUGUCGGAGAUCGACAACUCCUUGGCGGUCUUUUGCGUGGCCACCUACGGCGAGGGCGACCCCACCGACAACGCCCAGGACUUCUACGAUUGGCUGCAGGAGACGGACGCCGAGCUGGAGGGUGUCAAUUACACCGUGUUUGCUUUGGGGAAUAAGACGUACGAACACUACAACGCCAUGGGGAAAUACGUGGACAAGAGGCUGGCCGAGCUGGGAGCCAGCAGGAUCUUCGACCUGGGCAUGGGGGACGAUGACGGCAACCUGGAGGAGGACUUCGUCUCGUGGCGGGAGCAGUUCUGGCCCGCGGUGUGCGAGCAUUUCGGAGUGGAGGCCACAGGAGAGGAGUCCAGCAUCCGUCAGUACGAGCUCGUGCUUCACACCGACAUCAACAUGAACAAGGUUUACACGGGGGAACUGGGCCGUCUGAAGAGCUUCGAGACCCAGAAACCGCCGUUCGAUUCCAAGAACCCCUUCCUUGCCCUAGUCUCGGACAACCGCAAGCUGAACAAGGGUGGCAGCCGGCACCUUAUGCACGUCGAGCUGGACAUCUCCAGCUCCAAGAUCAGGUACGACUCCGGGGACCACGUGGCCGUCUACCCGAUAAACGACGCCGCGAUCGUGAACAAGAUCGGAGAGCUCCUCGGCGUGGACCUUGACACCGCAAUCUCCCUCAACAACCUUGACGAGGAGUCCAAUAAGAAGCACCCGUUCCCGUGCCCCACCACCUAUCGCACGGCCUUGACGCACUACCUGGACAUCACCAACCCGCCUCGCACCAACGUGCUGUACGAGCUGGCCCAGUAUGCCACCGACCCCAAAGAACAGGAGACCAUGCGCAAGAUGGCUUCCUCCUCCCCCGAGGGCAAGGCACUGUACCACAGCUGGGUGCUGGACUCUCGAAGGAACAUCCUGGCCAUUCUGGAGGACAUGCAGUCUCUGCGGCCUCCCAUCGACCACCUGUGUGAGCUCAUGCCCCGGCUGCAGGCCCGAUACUACUCCAUCGCCUCCUCAUCCAAGGUGCACCCCAACACCAUCCACAUCUGCGCCGUGGUGGUGGAGUACGAGACCAAGACCGGACGCAUCAACAGGGGCGUGGCCACCAACUGGCUGAAGAACAAAGUGGUGACCGACAACGGGCACAAGUCCACGGUGCCCAUGUACGUCCGCAAGUCCCAGUUCCGCCUGCCCUUCAAGGCCAGCAACCCCGUCAUCAUGAUCGGGCCCGGCACGGGCAUCGCCCCCUUCAUGGGCUUCAUCCAGGAGCGAAGCUGGCUCAAGGAGCAAGGCAAGGAAGUGGGCGAGACGGUGCUGUACUACGGCUGCCGUCACAAGGGCGAGGACUUCCUGUACCAGGAGGAGCUGGAGGAGUUUGAGAAGGCCGGAGUCCUCACCCAGCUCAACGUGGCCUUCUCCCGAGACCAGGAGCACAAGGUCUAUGUGCAGCAUCUCCUCAAGAAGAACAAGGAGCAUUUGUGGAAGCUGAUUCACACUGAAAAUGCGCACAUCUACGUCUGCGGGGACGCCCGCAACAUGGCGCGCGACGUCCAGACCGUGUUCUACGAGAUCGGCGAGGAGGUGGGCGGGCUGACGCGCACCCAGGCCGUCGACUACAUCAAGAAGCUGAUGACCAAGGGCCGAUACUCGCAGGACGUGUGGAGCUAAAGACCCUAAAGCCCCCCCCCCCCGCUCACACAAAAUGCAUUGUAGUCUCUAAACCCCCCCUCCCCAACCCCCACCUCCCACCACAACUCAGCCUUUUGCCCUGGGGUUUUAAAAGGAGGCUUGAAGAGGCCUAGUUCACAUACAUUUUCAAUUGUUGCUGCUGGUCGUUUUUAAAGAUGCCUGUAUCGUCAAUGCAAGAAGAAACGAUAACCCCCCCCCCCCUCCCCCUACCCCAUUGAGGACACUUGAUUUUACCACCCGUGGUGGUUUGUUCCCAAAUGCAGUCGACAGCCCUUCUGAUUGCACCUGUGGAUGCCAGUGAUGCAUCUCUGCCAACGUAAUGGUUGUAUCUUCUCAACGCUUGAGACCUUUCUGUCUGGAAAGAGGAAGUCGUCAUUUUAAGUAGCUUUAUUGUAACUUCUCACGGUAAGCUGUAAAAAUGGUAAGCGAACCAAAUGUAUGAUGAUUCUUCUGCGGUCAGUUUAACUGGCGCGAGUGUGAGAACGUUGUCCGUGACGGCCUGACGUGUCCGAGAUGGUUUCAGAAGAGGGGAGUUGUGUUGGGCGGUUUCGUGUGGAGGGCGAGCGGGAAUCCUUUUUAAUAAUGUUUGUAAAGUAAACUGGCAAAUGAAAGCCCGAAACGUUCAGGUAACGUGCGCUCUUCGUUACCUGUUCUAUCAAUGUAAUGUAAGAUUUUAAUAAGAUUUAAUAUUAGGGAGGUGUAGUCCCAGAGGGCAUUUAGAAGUUUUGGUGAUGCAUCGCCAUGUACACUUAUCUAUUGGGAGCUGCAAAAAAAUAGGCGAGAAAAGAAAGGAUAAUGUUCAAUUGUCAUAGUUAACCUUAUACAUAUUUUAACAUAACUGCCUUUACAAUUAUAUGUAUUUUACCAUUUACACCUUAUUUUAUGCAUUAGAUGAUUGUAAAUAAUAAGAGAAGUACUGUGCAAAGCUAGGACUAAUCUAAUCUACCUUGAGAAUCGAUUUCGAACAUGAUGUUUAUAUCAGCCAUGUUUGACACUGUGCUGUUGAUAAUUGUGAAUUGGGUGGGUUAGUAACUGAAGAGUCUUGUCCAUGUCCAACAUGACCUUUUUUAUAUAUAUGAAGAAGCACUUCUGUAGAGACAGUGUACUAUAGCAGUGUACUGGGGAUUUCAGUCUAUUCUACCAUUUGUCUUUAUUAGCAAAGUUUAGAUUUGUUAACUUUUUCCUUUCCUUUUUUUGGAAGCCAAGAGAUUUAAUUUACGCAUUAAAUUGACGUUUGGAAAUCAAUUCCAGCCACAUUGUGUACUCAGGCUCUGAAACCUUUUACAUACAUUCAGCGUUAAAUCAUUCCCCUUUUUUUAGGGGCAUAAAUUUAAAUGCUUGUAUGUAGAGGAUGAAUCUAACUGAGGCCUGGUUUACCUCAUGCAACUCAAAUGCUCAUUUACAGUGAAGACUUGUUCCUACGAAAAUGUAAAAGUUUUUUUUAAUUUUUUAAAUUUUAUUUGGCUUAUAAUUCUGGCAACAGGUGGGGGUGUGUUGCAUUGCGUUUCUGUUAUACAGUGUUGUGGACCAUCUGUUUAUUUCUUAGGCUCUUUAUCAGAUGUUUUGUCUGUAUUUUCCUGGUCUCAUCUCUCCUACACUGUCCUGUACUGUAUGCUUGGGAAAAUAACGAUUUUUCUGGUGUUGUAAUACUGUAUAUUGCUGCAGCACAUCUUGUAGCUCUUUUGUCAUGCUGACAGUUGGAAUUCUAAAACAAAUUGAGUGUUUCAUAUCAAUUGUUGAUUACCAGAUGUAAUCCUGUGAGAAGUAAUAUUUUUUUUAAAUAUGUAAAUCAAGAUGGGGGAUCAUACUGUAGCUGGCUUUUAAGUGGUUACUGUCCUCUAGUAUGGUUAAAAAUGAACUUGCGGCAUCUCAGUUUUUUUUUUCUUUUAUUUUUAAAAAAAGGUUUUGUCCAGUUUUGUCUGGUUUCCCCUCACACAGGCCUUAACUCAGCUCCUGGUAUCUAGAAAGUUCCGGAAGAACUGGGAUCUUCUUGUUUCCCUGAGAAAUAUGACUAGGCACCACGGUGACAGAGAUGGAAGGCAGUUCCACGGUGAUCAUUCUCAUUUUUGCCAAACGGUUCUGUGGCCCCGUAGCAUAAUUGGCAAUGAUAACUAGUGCCUUGUUGUAUUCUGGUAUGCCCUCUCAGUGCUUCUGGGUUUUGUUGGACUGCAUUAGAAAAUGGUUACUAAUUAUGUGUCCUGUGUUACAUUUUGUCAGCUUGAUUCAGUUUUAUAUGCAAUAAGUGUUUUCCUUUGUAUAAAGCAAAUUCUAAUAACUUCUAGGCAUGCAUUUUUAAACAAAUAAAAAUUGAAAUCCGCUUGA